CCUAUGCCGUGCGUACACGUAACCUGAAAGAGACACCUGUCGCGGACGUCGUAUCCACGCACAUCGCACGCUCCGCGCUCGUCGGCUGCGAUUCGCGGUUAAUUGGUCGGCGGCAUCGUAGAGGCAGUCGCGCAAAAUGUCAGACGUGAGAGACUGGUUCAACUCCCUGCCGAUAUUCACGAGGUAUUGGUUACUGUGCACCGCGGUGUUGACGUUACUCGGCAGAUUCGGUAUCCUCAGCCCGCACUUGCUGAUACUCUGGCCCGACCGAUUUCUCAACAACUUCGAAAUCUGGCGGGCGGCGACGAGCGUCUUCUACUAUCCCCUCAGCCACGGCACCGGAUUUCACUUCCUAAUCAACUGCUACUUCCUCUACAAUUACUCGUUGAGACUUGAGCGCGGGGAGUACGACGGCAAGCCCGCGGAUUACUGCUUCCUCCUGCUGUUCAACUGGAUAUGCUGCGUCAUCUUCGGGCUCAUCGGCGACUUCUCCCUGCUCAUGGACCCCAUGGUGCUCAGCGUGUUGUACGUCUGGUGUCAGCUGAAUAAGGACGCCGUGGUCAAUUUCUGGUUUGGCACGCAAUUCAAAGCCAUGUAUCUGCCGUGGGUGCUGUUUGGAUUCAACUUGAUCAUCUCCGGCGGCGGAAUGAUGGAAUUAUUUGGGAUUCUGGUGGGGCACCUGUACGUCUUCUUGAAAUUCAAGUACCCUCAGGAGCUCGGCGGUCCGGAACUGCUCAACACACCCAAGAUACUCGAGAGCUACUUUCCACCUCAGAGAAGUGGGAUUCGAUCGUUUGGGAAUGUACCCGCGCCGAGACCAGCGGGAGAGCAGCAGAACGUUCAAGGGAGGAAUAUAUUUGGGGGCCACAACUGGGGCAGAGGUCAUGUACUGGGUCAAUAAUUUUUAAGAUCGAGAAGGGAAGCUCGUAAACUUCGAUAAGAAAUUUCUUAUUUUAUCAUAUCCGUUCCGCCGUUUACGAUUGCUGUACAGGAGUAGUCAUUUCUACGUUACCGACUCUUCCAAAUGUCUCUUUGUGUAAUUUUGAUAACUGCAGUGAGUUCAACAUGUGCACUUUGGUACAAUAUAGCAAAUAAAAAGUAUGUAUAUUAUAAAUAUAUAAAAUUACAAAGAAAUUCUUACUCUCUCACGCAACUUUCUGAAAUCAUUGUGAGAAGCAGCAGAAAUAUUUUAUGUAAUGUUUAGGGCAUGUAAAUACAUCGUUUGCGAGUUUCUCAUAGGAAUUAUUAUAAUCUUUUUUUUCCAAGUUGCUUAACUGACCGUUAAUUACAUUUACUGAACGUAUGUUUAUUAGUAAACUUGUAAAUAUUGUUUUCCAGACAUUUUUAUAUUUAAUAGUAGAGGUGGGGUAUAUGAUUGAAGGAAAAAUGUAUAUCUAUGGAGCGUUUCAACUAUGUAAAUGUAUAAAAUUUGAAUACAUUAUAUUGCAGAAAUUCCAACAAGAAAAA